AGAGGGCUAAAACUCAACUUUGUGAUGUCAUAGCCUGGAGCUGCUCCAUGGACAAUGAAGUGGGAAAGAUCAUACAGGCGACACAGAGCACCCCGGGGUGUGUUCUGAGUAUAUGGGUACAUUUUCCUCAAGAGAAUAAAGCACAUCUGGGUAUUAAUGGGUCCACGAAUCAGUCUCCCAUUCACUGAAGCAGCUUCAGACUUUAUACGCUAUGACAUCACAAGUUUGCAACUUACUCCUCUGGUGCUUUGUGAGAGAGUUGCUCAUGUUCACAAAUAGUGAUUGAACUUUCCAAGGCCGUGGAAAUAACAUACUGGAAUACAUAAUUUAGAUGGUGUUCCCCUUUAAUUCCCCAGAUCCACUUUGUUUGAACCAAUCCGACAGCAUCCAGUCACAUUGCAAGAGAAAAGCAUGAAAACAUAAUGUUACAUUACUGGGCGCCAGUUAGAAAAUAAAUGAUACCAAAGAUAAUUUCUUUCAUGCACAAAACUACACUAAUUACAUGUAAAACGCACGGGUCAGAAAUUACAGAGUUGCAACAACUUCAAACAAACUUAACAAAUAAAUACAAAUUUUAAAAAACAGUGAUUUAUUUACACAGCAACAUGAGCAAUUCUCAAAGCAAUGUUAAGUGUUUGUAGCCACGUUAAUAGGGAGAAAAUCCCACAUGUGCUACCACAACCUGAUGCUUACAGUCGACCUCCCUUUGGCUCCAUACAUUCCCGAGCCUUUGCAUCAUCCGUAUCCCACCACAGUGCUGACUUAAGGAGGAUUUAUUGUGGCUGCCCUUGGAAUGUGACAUGCUGAGUCCAGAGUGCUAGUUUAGUGGGAAAAAGAUCCCUGCUGUACAGAACAACACACACAUUCUCCACAGCAUGGGAACACAUGCAUCCCCAUGUUUGUGUCCCCUUUAUAAGUUAGAGCAAGAACUCGUUUUUCAAAAGCUGAAAAUGUGACGCUGUGCUGUGAAUGAGCCACACAUCACCCUCCUGUUCACCUGAACUGUCAGAGAAAUGAGAGAGGGAGUGGAGAGGGGGACAGAUGAUGAGUGGAGGUGGAGAGAAUCAUCUCAUUACACAGUAAUAAAUCUGUUGUCCACACUGAACCUGAUGUGACCUCUUGGCUUGUUCACAUGUAACCAAAUUUAUACAUUACAAAUUCUACAUCAUAAAGCAUUCAGUUCUUAAUUUUUCAUCCCAGACAUGAAGCACUUCAGGCCACAUUCUUCCUACAUUCAGUCAAAACAUGCUCAACUAAACACUGACUUCACCAAAGCCCGGUCAGACUGAUAAUCCACAAAGACAGCCAGCAGUACAAACACCACCACCCGUCCAUCACCGCCCUGACAGUGUAAUAAACCUAACAUCUGUGUGACACAUAACACACAUUCACACCGCCUGCUUAUAUCAGCCAGGAGGGCUGUGCUCAAGUCCGUAUGCAUUAGACGCACACACACUCACACUUUCCAGAGGCCUUCAUCGUCAGAGGAGGCAGAGCUCUGAAUCACCAGCCCAGAGGAGGAGGAGAGCAGAGAGCAGCAACACGGUGCAGACGCCGAGAAUCAGUCAAAGAGAUAAGCACAGAUCAUACAAGCAAAGGCGAGGGAUACAUCACAUUCUUCUUCUGAGAUAGCGAUCACAAAGUCAAGCUGGCAGCAGACGAGACAAAAAGCCUGGAGGAGGGAGAGGCCAAUGUGGAGCAGGCCAACGGAGUACCUGACAGCCCAGCAGGCAGGGAGUCCCCUGGGACACGCGGCAAGCUGGUGCGUGUUGAACUGGAGUGGGACAUCCCCAUGUCUGUGACGCUGCCCAUACAGGUGCAGCCUGACCCAGCACACCAGCCGUUCCCCUUCCUGGACACCACACUGGCCGACCUGGGCAUCCAAGAGUCAGAGGUGAAGGAGAGGGUGGUGUGGGUGGACACCAAGAAGACCCAGGUAAAGAACAAAGCAGGGAAGCUGAAGGAGAAAGAGAUCACCAUCCUUGAGGUGAGAGUGAAAGCUCAGAAGCCUGGAGACAAACAGCUCCAGGAGGUCCUGUACAGCACUGAGGCCCACACUGACCGCUCCUUCUGCCGCACAGGAAUGAACAUCCUGCCGUGGAAACACAGAUAUACAGGAGAGGAUGGGCUGACACCAGUGAAGAUGACUAUGGCGUUGGACAUGGAAAACCAGCAGCCUGACUUUACUGAGGCCCAGGGACAACGGGAGAUCUGAAGAGCAACAAAGAGUCAG